AUGCUUCGCCGUCAAAUACGAGAAAGACGGCAAUAUGUCUACUCCAAGUCGCUCGAGGCGCAAGAACGACAAACCUACGAGCGCAAGCAACAAUUAAAAGAUGCACUAGCAUCGGGGAAGGCUUUGCCCACCGAACUGAGAAAGGAUGCAGACAGUCUUGGAAAGGACCUGGCUUUUGACGAAGCCCAAGCGGGUGAAAUGCGUCUCGUCUUCCCCAAUUCACAUCGAAUAAAUCGAGGAAAUUAUGUCGUCAAAGAGCUGGCAGAGGCUUGUCGAGCGAACGAUGUGACAGAUUUGAUUGUUCUCCACGAACACCGAGGGAAGCCUGAUGCAAUGAUCGUCUCUCAUUUCCCCCAUGGACCCACUGUAUACUUCACGCUCAACAAUGUCGCGUUACGACAUGACAUUGGCAGCUAUAAGGGGUCGACUGUGUCAGAGCAAUACCCUCAUCUGAUAUUCGAAAACUUCUCGUCGAAACUAGGCGAACGGAUACGAGACGUGCUAAAGUACCUUUUCCCUGUGCCAAAGGAAGACAGCAAGCGCGUGAUGACAUUCUCCACCGAAGAUGACUUCAUAUCCUUCAGACAUCAUGUCUUUGUCAGUGUUCCUCCGAAACAAAUACAACUGGCCGAAGUUGGACCUCGCUUUGAGAUGAAACCGUACGAGAUUCGGCAGGGCACCCUCGAGCAAAAUGAGGCAGAACGGGAAUGGGUUCUGGCCCAUUAUGCACGGACAGCUAAAAAGCGCACUUUGCUAUCUGGACCCGCUUCGCAUAGUAAAGACUCACAACAUCCCAACAAAAAAGUAAAACGGUAA